AUGGCGAACGUGGAUGAUCUAUUCAAGGCAUCUGGCUCCAUCGGCAAGCGGAAACUCGACCAGCCAAUUCGCGAUCCCAACGAAAUAUACAAGGCGACCAAGCUGACCGACAGAAGCACCAAUCGCCAUGCCCAAGUCGAAGAUGAUGCAGAGAACCCCGCCGAUGACGACGAUUUCGGGCCCGAGCUGCCACCAGAAGACGACGUAGGCGACGACGAAGAAGGCCGCUUCUUCGGCGGCGGCAUCACCAAGCAAGAAUCGGAAAUCCUCGAUUUCGUCGACAAGGCCGACGCGGGCGGCGACUUGGACAAGAUCGACGGCGCCUGGCUCCGAAGGACGGCGCUCAACCUCGAAAAGCUCAUCACCAAGAACUCGGAGCUGCGCUCCCGGUUCGAGGACCAGCCGCAGAAAUUCAUCGACAGCGAGGCCGACCUUGACGCCGAAAUCAAGAACCUCUCGCUCUUGGCCGAAUCCUCCGAGCUGUAUGGCGAGUUUGUGAAGCUGGGAACUGCGGGAAGCUUAGUCAGUCUGCUGACGCACGAGAACUCGGACAUUGCCAUUGGUGCGAUUGAGAUUAUCGGGGAGCUCACGGACGAUGAUGUCGUGACGGAGACUGAGCAGUGGGACACCUUGGUUGGCGCGUUGAUAGACAGUGACCUCUUGAGUCUGCUAGUCUCCAACCUGUCCCGCUUCAACGAAGACGACGAGUCCGAUCGCAAUGGCGUAUAUCAUUCUCUCAGCGUAUUGGAGAAUCUCAGCUCUCAGAAAGCCGUCGCCACGCGAAUGUGCGAGGAAGAAGCCCUGCUAAAAUGGCUAUUGCAGCGCAUCCAGCGCACCGAAUCACCCGUAACUCAGAACAAGCAAUAUGCCGCCGAGAUACUGGCCAUUCUCUCCCAGGCAGCUCCCGAAAACCGGGAAAAGCUCGUCAGCUUAGACAUCAUCGAUAUCAUGCUGCAGCUCGUGGCCCCAUACCGCCGACGAGAUCCAGAAAAGGGCGGCCCAGAAGAGGAAUUCGUAGAGAAUUUAUUUGAGAGCUUGACGUGUCUGGUCGACACUCCCGCGGGAAGAGCCAAGUUCCUCGAGGCCGAAGGAACUGAGCUCUGUCUCAUCCUAAUCAAAGAGAGCAAGGUGGCAAAGCACCCCUCAUUACGCCUGCUCGACCACGCGACAGGUGGCACCACCAGCGCCGAGAUAUGCCAGCGGAUCGUCGAGGCGGGAGGCCUGAAAACGACGUUUACCAUGUUCAACAAGAGCCACGACCAGCGUCUCAUCGGGCCCUUGCUCUCUGUAUUCUCCUCCAUGCUGCGCUUCCUGCCUGCCGAUUCUCCAGAGCGGAUACGGCUGCUGGCAAAGUUCGUCGAGAAGGAGUACGAAAAGACUGCGAAAUUAGUAAAGCUACACAGGGAUUAUACCACGCGCAUAAAAGCCGCCGAAGAAGAGCAUCGGCAAGAAUCAGCGCGCUCUGGAGAUGCGGAGGAAGACCGCGGGAUACAGCUGCUCUCUAAGAAGAUGGACGCCGGCUUGUUCAACCUGCAGCUCGUCGAUGUCAUUUUGGCGUGGCUCGUUGCGGAGGACAGUGGCGCGAACCAGAAGAUUAAGCGGCUGCUGGCAGAGACGGACGAUACCUUCAAGUCGAUCCAGAAGACGCUGAAGGAGCAGUUGGACGAGUUGGAUACCACUGAGGAGGAUAGCAAGGAUAUGGGCGAGAUGCUGACCACGCUGAUAGAUUUCCUCAACUAA